CUCUUCGAUGAAAUUUCAAGAUGGUCUCCAAAUUUACCAAAACCAAAUCAUCGUAGAAAUCAUCUGCUUUUCAGUCUUCUGAUCAGAAUCCACUAAAUUCGUUUCUUAGCGAAUCAGAUUCCAGAAUGUUCGUGCAUUGGUAAAAGUGAAUUUAUCAAGGAAGUACUUGUAAAAUCUAAAAGAUAUUCAGUGAAAAUAAUGGGCAGCAAGAACAAUAUCUAUUCUACGGCAAAUCUAAGUGACAGUGAUUUAAAGGAUGAAGGCAACAAACUGUUUUCAAGGAGAAAGUACGAUGAUGCAAUUGGCUGUUACACAAAAGCCAUUAUAAAGAAUCCAGCAAAACCAACCUAUUUUACAAAUCGAGCACUUUGCCAUUUAAAGUUGAAGCGUUGGGAUCUGGCCUGUCAAGAUUGUCGCAAAGCACUGGACUUGGACCAGACAUUAGUGAAAGGACACUUCUUUUUGGGUCAAAGUCUUCUUGAACUGGAAUGUUACGAUGAAGCGAUUAAGCAUUUACAAAGAGCCUGUGAUCUAGCAAAAGAACAAAGACGUAAUUUCGGCGAUGACAUUGCAUCUCAACUGCGACUAGCUAGAAAGAAACGCUUUACGGUACAAGAAGAGAAACGAAUUUGCAAGGAAAUCGAAUUGCAGACGUACGUCAAUAGAUUAAUAAACGAUGAUAUGCAGAGCCGGAUAGCUAAAUUGAAAUUAGAUGAAUCGCUCAAUGAGGAAGCCAUCGAGGAACAGUCGUCAUCGAUUGUAACGGAAAGUGAAAACCACAUAACGGAGCUAAAUAACAUGUUUGCCAAAAUCGACGAUAAUCGACGUAAGCGAGACGUUCCAGACUAUUUGUGCGGCAAGAUCAGCUUCGAGAUUUUACAGGAUCCGGUAAUAACACCAUCAGGUAUCACCUAUGAACGAAAAGACAUCGAAGAGCAUCUGCAGAGGGUCGGCCACUUCGAUCCUGUAACUAGGGUACAGUUGACCCAAGAUCAACUGAUUCCAAAUUUUUCAAUGAAAGAAGUGGUCGACGCAUUUUUACAAGAAAAUGAAUGGGCGCUAGACUAUUAGGAAUGUAAACGAUGCACGGAGUCCGUAGGGAACAGAAAUUCGUUUUACAACGCGUUGAAUUAAUGAAGCAUUUAAACUUGGCGUGAAUUAUACCCAGUACAAAAAGAGAAAGGUAAAAAGAGACAGUUUUCACCCAAUUUUUUUCGUUAAAUUAUUUUUGUUUGGUCAUCAUCCGGUGUGACCGUGUCACUUUCAAGUAGGUAACACUCUGCUGUGUUUAAUAUUUGUCGCAACAAAUAUGAAAUUUUGGCGGUUUUUUUUUGGUUCGGUCGAGAUCAACGCAAUUGUUUCAUUUUUUUUUGUUUAAAAAUUUCCCUUACUGGCGUGAGUGGUUUGAGUAAACUAAUUGCAAAAAAACUGAUGAGAAAAAUUGCCAUUUUCAUAAAUUUAAAAUUCAAAAUUACAAAAAAAAAAAAUGCUAAAACAGUGAACAAGUGGGCAACUUCUUCCACCAUGCUGGCAUACACCUUCAAAAGUCGGAGCUUUUAAUGAAAUGAAACACCUUCGAGGUAAAUCUGCAUUAUUAGACCGAGAGACCGCACGUUUCUACGCACCGUGGAAAAGGAAAGGUGGAAAAUGCUUCUUCCACAUCUUUUUUGAGCUUUUGUAAGAUCCUGACGGAGAUGUGUCUAGAGGGACUCUUUUGAAAAAACAACCUACCGAAAUGGGACGCAUUUUCCAGUUGACUUUUUUACAUUUGUCUCGUGAGGACCCUAGAGGCCACUUUCAAAAAAAGUUUCUCGAUGCUUGUGUGGCUAGUGGACGGUGAUCCGAAACCGAAAACAAGCGCUUUUCAAAUAGAAAUUUCUCCAUGUAUACGGAACGUAUGUACAUGGUCGUGAAAGGUAAUAGAAAAGUAAUUGCAUGUAUUUUCGGGUAAAGAUGGUUCGAGAUAUGGGCAGCUGAAGACUGGGAAUAUUUUAACUAUUUCAGCGAAAUUCUAACAAUUCCUCUGCAGCUAAAACAUCGAAAAACUGUUUCCACUGGUCUCUCAGCAAUGACACCAAAUAUAUUCCCGUGAAGUAUCGUCAAAGUCAAAUCGCCAA